GGCAGGCAGGUAGGGUCCUGGAAGAGUAGAGAUACGCAGUGUCCAUCCCCAUUGCCUGUCAGGACCCCUCUCAGUCUCUGCUGGAAAGUGGGUGGGUAGGAAAGGCCUCCCACCCCUCAGGGCUGGCUGCCCUUUGAGGGUCUGGCUUCAGGCCCUGAUCCCUCCUGGGGCUCUGUUUAUGGCUGUCAUUGCAUCACUAGCCAGAGUUUAUAGAGUUACUUAGCACCUGCCCCCACAGGGAGUGGCCCAGCCACCCGCUGGUGUCUGUUUCUUCCUUUUCAAAGUCAACUUGGUUUCUGCUGGCAGCCGGGGUUUCCCCAGCCACAGCCGGUGUGGAAGCCAGGUUAGGCCUUUGUCCUGUGGAUGGAGGGCAGUGAGCACUUGGGGCCCAGCUUGGGGCUGCCCUGGAGAUGACCGUGGACAUUGAGUUGGCUUCUUGCAAUACAGAAGGAGGGAGCUUAGGCUUCCCAGAGCUCUCUGAGGUGUCCAUGUCCCAGGAUGCAGCACAUACGCAAGUAAUGUGUGUAUCCCCAUCUGAAAAGAGGGACGUAAAGAUGUACACAUCUCAUGGGCUGUUGUGAGGAUUCAGACAGGAGCUGUGCCUGGUACAUGGAAGCCAGCGCCGGCAGCUGCCAUGGCGUCACGCAUCGGGCUGCGCAUGCAGCUCAUGCGGGAGCAGGCGCAGCAGGAGGAGCAGCGGGAGCGCAUGCAGCAGCAGGCCGUCAUGCACUACAUGCAGCAGCAGCAGCAGCAGCAGCUGGCGGGGCCGCCCACCCCGGCCAUCAGCACCCCUGUCCAUUUCCAGUCUCCACCGCCUGUGCCUGGGGAGGUGCUGAAGGUGCAGUCCUACCUGGAGAACCCCACCUCCUACCACCUGCAGCAGUCCCGGGACCAGAAGGUGCGGGAGUACCUGUCUGAGACCUACGGAAAUAAGUUCGCUGCCCACAUCAGCCCUGCCCAGGGCUCCCCGAAGCCCCUGCCGGCCGCCUCCCCUGGGGUGCGGGCUGGACAUGUGGUGUCCUCCUCAGCCGGCAACAGCGCACCCAACAGCCCCAUGGCCAUGCUGCACAUUGGCUCCAAUCCUGAGAGAGAGUUUGAUGUCAUUGACAACAUUAUGUGUCUGGAUGAUGUCCUGGGCUUCAUCAAUCCUGAAUCUCAGAUGCCCAAUACGCUGCCGCUGUCCAGCAGCCACCUGAACGUGUACAGUGGUGACCCCCAGGUCACAGCCUCACUGGUGGGUGUCACCAGCAGCUCCUGCCCAGCGGACCUGACCCAGAAGCGUGAGCUUACAGAUGCGGAGAGCCGGGCGCUGGCCAAGGAGCGGCAGAAGAAGGACAAUCACAACCUCAUUGAAAGGAGACGGAGGUUCAACAUCAAUGACCGCAUCAAGGAGUUGGGAAUGCUGAUCCCCAAGGCCAACGACCUGGACGUGCGCUGGAACAAGGGCACCAUCCUCAAGGCCUCUGUCGACUACAUUCGGAGGAUGCAGAAGGACCUGCAGAAGUCCCGGGAGCUCGAGAACCACUCUCGGCGCCUGGAGAUGACCAACAAGCAGCUCUGGCUCCGCAUCCAGGAGCUGGAGAUGCAGGCCCGAGUGCACGGCCUCCCCACCACCUCCCCAUCUGGCAUGAACAUGGCUGAGCUGGCCCAGCAGGUGGUGAAGCAGGAGCUGCCCAACGAGGAGGGCCCCGGGGAGGCCCUGUUGUUGGGGGCCGAGGUCCCCGACCCCGAGUCGCUGCAGACUCUGCCCCCCCAGGCCCCACUGCCCCCGCCAGCCCAGCCACCCCAGCCGCCCCAGCCACCAUCCCCAUUCCACCAACUGGACUUAAGCCACAGCCUGAGCUUUGGGGGCGGGGGCGAUGAAGGGCCCCCAGGCUACCCUGAACCUCUGGGGCCAGAGCACAGCUCCCUGUUCCCCAACCUGUCCAAGAAGGACCUGGACCUCAUGCUCCUGGACAACUCACUGCUGCCGCUGGCCUCCGACCCCCUCUUCUCCACCAUGUCCCCUGAGGCCUCCAAGGCCAGCAGCCGCAGGAGCAGCUUCAGCAUGGAGGAGGGCGACGUGCUGUGACCCUGGCUGCCCCCUGCGCAGGGGAACAGGGGCAGGCCUGGGGGCAGGGAGGGGCAGGGCCGCCCUCCUCCCCCGCUCCAGGCCGAACUUGUGUGAGAAGUAGCCGCCUGCCCUGCCUCACUCCCCAUCGGCCCGUGUUUGGACUUAGUGCCUGCCCGCUUGGCAGCCUGAGGGGUCAGAAGCCCCCCGCCUGGCUCAGCACUCCCCAGGGGCAGCCCUCUUGAUGGGGCCGAGCGGGAGUAAGUCCUCGCCCUGGCUCCGAGGGGUGUGCUGGGGGUAAGAGGAGGUCCUGGGGGGGCCCUGUCUUCUGAGCCUAAUCUCCCCACUCCCACUCCCACCAAUGAGGGAGGGCCCACUGGACGGGGGGGGUGGCAGUUCAGGAAGUUCCUUCUCUGAAGCAGUGACUGAUCCAGGGGAAAAAACAUGACUGUUUCUUCUGGGAGUCAGAUGGCGACAAGCCCGUCCUCCAACCUGGUCAACCCCCUCACACAGGUGGGGCACCCCCACCCCCCUUUGGUGCUAACAGCUCUCCACCAGGUGGUGUGAGGGCGGGGGUGGCCGGCAGAGGGGGCUCUGGGUUCAGGUUAGCGUGGGGUCACUGCUGAAAGAGCAGCGCCCCUUCAGGCUCCCCACUUUGUGCCUUUAGUAAACACUGUGCUUUGUA